AUUUUUGUACGAGCUUUCUCUCAUUCCUGAAUACGCCAUACGAAUCGAAUGUAUGGUUUUUCAUGCCUCAUUCUCCGAAAACCUUGGUCACAUUGAAAGCAAACUGCUCAAUCUGACUACCACCUGCAAAAGUUUAAGGGGUAAAAAAGUCCAAAACAUCAUCAGUAUCAUCCUUUCACUCGGCAAUUAUAUGAAUGGAGGAAAUGGAAGCAGAGGACAGGCUGACGGAUUUAAUAUCGAAAUACUUACAAAACUAAGGGAUGUUAAAAGUAAAGAUAAUUCACUCACGCUUCUACAUUACAUCGUGAGAGUAUAUUUCGCUGUUUUUGAGAAGGAAGUGGAAGAGGAAAAUUGUCAUCUGCCUAUUCCUGAGCCAUCAGACGUAGAAAAGGCUAGGGCAGUCAAUUUUGAUGAUGUCAAAAAGGACUUAGACAAAUUAUACGUGCAAACAUCAGCGUGUGAUCGCAAAGUUACACAAAUAUUGAAGUCUUCAGAUAAUGAUCACCAUCAACCUCUGAAAGAUAUUAUGAAGACGUUCUUAGAUAAAGCCUUUGCUGAUACACGAUUGCAGUUUGAGAAUUUAGAGAAAUGUAAAAUACUUUUCAAAAGUACUCAGAAGUUUUUUCGCUACCAACAAAAAACGAACAACGAAAGCGAUGGUCCAGAUGAAUUCUUCUCGAUAUGGCUGACAUUUUGUUCAGACUUCAAAGACGUGUGGAAGAAGGAACAAGCUUUAAAAAUUAUUGAGCAAAAGAAAUUAAAGAGGCUUCAAGAGCUUCAGGAGGGGAAGAAGGCUCAAAUUACAACUAUAAAAACAAGACCAGGUGGACUG